UGUCCUGAUUAAGAAUUUGUCAAACAUUCUAACGUACAUUAUGGGAGUGGUCGCUUAUAAAAAUGAAAUAAAAAACCUAUUCCUCAUUAUAAACGCAUAUCUUGCGUUGAGUAUCGGGUUGUUCCCGGUGUCCCUCGGCUUGGCGAUGGUGGUCACCAACGAACGGGAGCCAGAGAUAAUCCUCGAGUUCAUCGUUGUGGGCACCUUUACACUCGGGGUCACCGCGCUCGGCCACUUCGGGGCUAUUCUGGAUAAACACACUUCGCUCAAGAUCUAUGCAGCGGCGGUGGGAUUGGCAUCAUUCAUAGAACUCGUGGUGAUGGUAAAACUGCUGCCCAGAACUCUGGAGGUCCUGGUCUUUGGCAUGUUCCACGCCAUCUUAACGUUGUCAGCAUUGCUACUCGCGAUGGCCCUGAGGCGAGCCCACAAACAACUCUACCCUCGUAUACCAAUGAACGUGGUCGCAGCGCCCAGUGCACCUACACUAUCUAUGCUACCUACACUACCUACGCUACCUACAAUUGUGUAGUCUACCUGAUACAAGCCCUCUUUGCCACGCCAUGCUAGCAUGACCAUAUUGUAUUCAGUCGCCAUUUCCGCCAGAGUCGGGCCAAGCCUGGGCCAACCAUACUCUGUACCCAUGGCGUUUGCAAUGAGAAAGUGUGGCAAUGAAAAAUGUCGUAAAUAGCGAGACUUCCUCACUUUGUUCCGUUGAAGUUCUAAGUUGCUGCUGGUAUAGCCCUGGCGAAGCACGCCGGAUCUUACAAAGCAAGAUAUAAAAUAUGUAUGUACAUGAUGAAAUAUUACUCAAAGUACGGUCAACCAAUUUGAUUCCUAGGCCACUAUAGAACCAUGUCAUAAUGACUUCUACGACAGUGCUUAUUGAAUGAUGCAUGUCAUGUAUAGAGUAGUUAAAGAGACAAGGUUAUAGUGGCCUAGGAUUCAAAUUGGUUGACUGUACUUAAAUAUAUUUUAGUAUUUUAUGUUAUUUGUCUCACUUAGUAACGUGUAUAAAAAUUAAAACGUAAACGCAUAAUAUUCAUUUGUUUUACAAGCGGGCAAAGUAGUUGUUUAAUCGCUCGUGCUAAUAUUGAUAUUGAUACCCGAGCAAGCGAAAGAUACUAAAAUUGAACCACGAGCGUAGUGAGUGGUUGGAAAAGUGAAAUCUUGAGGGUUGCGACUGUAGCGAGGGUUAUAAGGCACGAGUGUCCAAAACAUUAUUUUC